AUGAUUAUACAAAUAUUUACUUUCUUUUCGAUCUUUAACUGUGGUGUCACUAGUUUACAAGCUAGUGAUUUUUAUAUCCAUGAUUUACCUCUUUUACCUAAAGAGGAAUCUUCCAUUCGUAUGCAUGCUGGAUAUUUACCGAUCAAUCCAGAAAAUGAUAGUGCCUUAUUCUUUUGGCAUUUUGCUAAGAAAUUUAUAGGUGAUAAAUCAAGAACAGUGAUUUGGUUGAAUGGAGGCCCUGGUCAAAGUAGUCUUAUUGGGGCUUGGACAGAAAUUGGUCCGUUUCGCUUUCUAAACGAAACUACAAUAGUUGCAAAUAAUGGAUCCUGGCAUUUAUAUACUAAUCUUUUGUUCAUCGAUCAGCCUAUUGGUACUGGUUUUUCUUACACUGAUAAAGGUUCAUUCAUUCAAGAACUCGACAAAAUGGCCGAUCAAUUUCUCAGUUUCCUCGAUAGAUAUGUCGAGAUUUUUCCAGAAUUACUUCAGGAUGAUAUAUAUUUAGCUGGUGAAUCUUUUGCUGGUCAGUAUAUACCAUAUAUUGCACAAGCGAUUCUUCAAAAGCGAUCACUAUUCAAACUGCGUGGUCUUCUAAUUGGAAACGGAUGGAUUGAUCCUGUUUCUACCUAUAACUCAUAUUUGCCAUUUGCAAUUAAAAAUAAUUUAGUAAAAAAAGACUCUAAACUCUAUUCUAUCAUUACUGGCAUGGCUGUCGAAUGCAAGCAGAUAUUAUCAAAACAAGUACAUAUUUUUGAACCUGAAUGUUACUCUAUUCUUCGUCUGAUAAUAUAUAAUGGUAUGAUGAACCAAUACUUCAUAGGGAACGAAACAGAUUUAUGUAUCAAUGCACAUGAUAUUCGACAAGCUGCAAUGAAACCUGAUUGUGGUAUGUUAGGACCACCUGAUUUUGACUAUGUCUCCAAUUAUUUGAAUCGGCAAGAUGUCCUAUCCAGUAUUCAUGUAAAUGGCAAGAAAUCUAAUUGGUCAUCUAUCGAAGCAUCUGUUUUUCUUGCAUUUAUAUCAACUCAUUCUGAACCAUCGAUCAACUUGUUGCCUGAUUUACUUCGACAAAUUCCAAUCGUGCUCUUUAGUGGUGAAUAUGAUUUAAUUUGUAAUCAUUUGGCAACAGAGAAUAUGUUAGAUGGUAUGACAUGGAAUGAUAAAACUGGUUUUAAUUUAGGAAAUGGAACAGUGGCUCCGAUCGAUCCAUGGAUUGUGGAAGGCGAAACCGCAGGUUUCAUUCAAUAUGCACGUAAUUUAACUUAUAUUCUUUUCCACAAUGCUGGUCAUAUGGUACCUUAUAAUCAAGGACGUCGAUCACGUGCUAUGCUACAUCAAUUUAUACAACUGAACUUAACUCAUUCCAGCAAUCAAACAAUGGAGAAUAAUAAUACAGGGGUUAAUCCAAUCAUGCAUCGUUAUUUUAAGCAUUUUAUAUUAAUUGUAUUUACUGUAAUUAUUACUGUUAUAGCUCUUACUGGUAUUAUUAGAUAUUUUGCUUGCAAGCUGCAACAAAGUGUACUAACAGUACCGUAUCAUUCUCCGAAUUUAUUUCGAUCAAAACAACAACCAACAAUGUAUACACUUUUGAAUGGAAAUCGUGAUGUAUUAGAUGAUAAAAUUUCAGCGUAA